UUGAUACACGGAUGAUCUCCAGUAAAACAAUCAUCAACAACAACACUAGAAUAACUGGUGUCCCUGAUUACUUUAGAACAACUUGUCUGAAAUAAACACGUAAAUAAUUAUUAUUCUCAGUCAUCAGAUAAAAGAGAGAAAAAAACCUUUAACGCAUUCACUCAUAUAAUUUAACAGAAACAUAUAUUGAACGAUGGCUGUAACAGGAAAAUCGACGAAAGGCGAUGGAAAAUCACACCGCUUUCGACCAUUUAACAAACGUGGUUCAGUUCCACAACCUCCAAUGCCUUUUUUUCCUCCACCUCCGUGGCAUGCUCGUCAACCAAAGUCUUCAGAUGAUCGACAUGUUAUGGCCAAACAUGCCAGUUUAUACCCUGCUGAAUUGCCGGCUUUUCAAAAAAUGGUUAUUGCUUGUGAGAAAGCUCUUAAAUUAGUAUCAGAUAAACUCUCUACAAAUGUAGUAUCACCGUCUGUAGAUAGUGAAACUCCCAAGGAGGAAGAAGACAAGCAGUCGACUACGGAGUCUGUAGAGGCGGACACUAAGGUAAACAAACCGAACAGUAACAUUUCAAAACAGAAUAACAAUCAAGAUGAUGUUUACCGUUCAUUGAGAGGUGUCCAACGAGUUGGUGUGUUUGGUCACGGGCUUUUGUUACAAACUGAUACUUGUGUCGAACUAGUAGCGUUAUCUGCAGAAAAGCCCACCGAGACUUUGCUCAAUCAAAUAUACGAAUGCUUUCCUUCUCAAUUAUCUCUUGUCACAGAUGAAAAAUACGAUCUGGAAAUAAAUGUGGCGCAAGCGGCUGUAAUAGUUAUUCGAGUAAAAGAGCCAAAAAUAAGUUGUAAAAUUUCUUUGACAUCUCCGAUUAUGAGGGAGAAUAUGGACACGCCGGUUGUCUCUGGAGGUGACGAAGACCAACAGGAAGCAAAUAAUAAUGACUGUAAAACAGGAGAAGGAUCUGACCAGGCCCUUGAAGAAAGUGAUGCUCAGGGGACUUUCGAGGAAAGUAGUAACAAAGUAGAAAAUGAAACUGCGGCAUUGAACACUCAUUCUGAUAUGCACAUCGAGGAAGCUGAUCCACCAGAUGUCUUGAAUAAAGGAAUUUGUUUAAACGCGUUAGCUGAAUUAAGGCGUGCCAAAUGGUUCCAGGCUCGGGCGCGCGGAUUACCUAACUGUUUGGUAGUAUUACGGAUUCUACGCGAUUUAUCUCAAAGAAUUCCACUUUGGUCUAAUUUGAACCUGUGGGCGAUGGAACUGUUGGUAGAGAAAUGUUUAGGUAGUGUCAGAGCUGUCCUUGGGCCUGGCAACGCACUUCGUAGAGUUUUUGAGUGUCUAGCUGCAGGAAUAAUAUUACCAUCAUGUCAAGGUCUGUAUGACCCUUGUGAAAGAGAACCUUCUGACCCUAUCAGUGAAAUGACUGCCCAGGAUCGAGAGGACAUUACCGCUGCUGCUCAACACAUGCUUAGACUUAUAGCUUUUAGAAGAAUCCGCAAAGUACUUGAUAUGGAACCCUUGCCGCCGCCACAUAGGAAAUUUAAGCAAAGGAAGCGAAAACGUGUCGGAGAAGGAGCUGAAGGAGAUGCUGUUGAGAAAAGAGACAAACAAUGUGAUGAUGUGGAUGACGAACUUGUUGAAGAUGUUGAAGACUGUGACAUUGAGCCUUCUGAUGCCUAAAAAGAAAGCUCUCAAAAUUCUUUCGUUUAAUCUCCACACACGUAUACACACACACACACACACACUCUCUCUCUUUCUCACCCUCUCUGUAUUUCAGCCCUUCCUUAUGCAUUUCUUCACAAACCCUCUUCCAUUAAAAAUUAUAUAUUUCAUAUUUUGAUAGUUUUGAAGCUAUCCGUUAUUCAGUUUUGACAAACCACCAGUAAUCACCCCGACUUUAAUCACUAUAUUUACAACAAUGUAAUGAUUAUUUCCUCUUUAAUGAAGCGAGAUGUGUUUGAAUUGAAGUUGCUAUAGAUGCAAGAAAAAAAUUUUAAUUCCAGUUUGGAAGCUGUUCUGAGUUUGAAAUGAAACUAGUUGUUUUAAAACAUUAUCAUGCAAAGAGCAUUGUUUUAUUAAGGACCAAACAGCUCUAAAAUGUUUAAUAUAUAUAUAUAUAUAUAUAUAUAUUUAUCUUGACACUGACUUAUUUCUAAGGGCGAUGUUAAAAUUUUGUUGUCACAUUAAUGAAAAAUUCUUCCCGUUUUUUUUUUUUUUUAUGUAAUUAAGGAAGUUUUCUUGAUCGUGAUUUUUAAAACUGAAAAUGUAUGUUAGACUAAUCUGACCUCUACAAUUUUCAUUGAUUUUGAUUUUUAUCACCCCCCCCCUUCCAAAUUAUUUUCACUUGACAAUUAAGAUAAUUUUUAAAGUUCCAUUGUAAAUUCUAUCUAAUUGAUGUC